AUGGCUCCCGUCUACAGUGACCAAGAUAGCAAGAACUUGCUCCUUCAAGUCCCCAGGCCGGUCAAGACCUACCACACUGAGGCCUACGACCGUAUCUCCCCCAAACACUUCGAUGGGAAAGGCAAAACGGUCCUCGUCACGGCCGGCGCAACGGGCAUCGGCUACGCCAUCGCCUAUGCCUUUGCCGAAGCAGGAGUCUCGCGCAUAGCCAUCGUCCAACGCUCAGCCGACGUGCUCCAGAAAGCAAAAUCAUCGCUAUCGAAGGACUUCCCCAAACUCGAGGUCAUAACCUACCAAGCCUCGAUCCAAGAUGGCGCCCGCAUGAAGGAGAUCUUCUCGGAGCUGAGCGUCGAUGUCGUGGUCCUGUCUGCAACAUCAACCCAUAGCUUCAAACCAGACACUCCACUAUCAGGAGACAUCCUGCACGAGACAACGUACAAGACCAAUAUCAUCGCUAGCUACGACCUCGUGGACACCUACCUCAAAUCCCCCAAGUCUUCUGCCGACUCCACCAAGACCGUCAUCAACAUCACCUCUGCUUCCGCUCAACUCACAAUCCCAGGCCAAAUCGGCUACGCCUCCUCCAAAGCCGCCUUCGCCAAAAUGAUGCAGCAUUUCUCCCUCGAGCACUCACCCGAAACGGACGGCGUGAGAUUAUUCAAUCUCCACCCGGGGGCGAUCUACACGCCUUACGCCAGCACGGAAUACGGACCCGAUGACUUCCCCUGGGAGGAUAUCAAGUUACCCGCACAUUUUAGUGCGUGGUUGGGACUUUCCGGGCGGGAGGCGGAGUUUUUGCAUGGGCGGUUUAUGUGGGCCCAGUGGGAUGUGGAUGAGCUGUUGCAGCUCAAGGAGCAGAUGAACAACCCAAUGUACUUAACGAUUGGACUUGUGCUAUGA